ACACCUCCAUAUCACUAACAACUUUCAUUAACCCCAAACAACAUAAAGAUGUUUAUAUAUGUUUGCUCCUGCAGUUCCUGCGCUGCCUCGACCGGUCAUGUCCGCUCCACUUGAAAACCAGGUAUAAACACUGAUAUCAAAAUCAAUAUUGAAGAUAGUAAAUGACACCUCCAUAUCACUAACAACUUUCAUUAACCCCAAACAACAUAAAGAUGUUUAUAUAUGUUUGCUCCUGCAGUUCCUGCGCUGCCUCGACCGGUCAUGCUCCCUCUACUUGAAAACCAGGUAUAAACACUGAUAUCAAAAUCAAUAUUGUAGAUAGUAAAUAACACCUCCAUAUCACUAACAACUUUCAUUAACCCCAAACAACAUAAAGAUGUUUAUAUAUGUUUGCUCCUGCAGUUCCUGCGCUGCCUCGACCGGUCAUGUCCCCUCCACUUGAAAACCAGGUACCACUUGUCGCUGCUCCUGCAGUUCCUGCCCUGCCUCGACCGGUCAUGCUCCCUCUACUUGAAAACCAGGUACCACAUGUCGCUGCUGCAGCUAUUGAACCUGUGGAUGAUGUAGAGGAAGGAGUAGUCCCUGUUGCGGCAGAUCCACUUUCUUUUCCCCAGAUCUGUGCAGUGUGUCUGUCACAGCGUUCUACACAUAUGGUCGCUCCCUGUGGCCACAUGUGUUUGUGUGAUGAUUGUGCAAAUGCACUGCCCAGAUAUCAGGCAAAUCCACAUUGCCCCCUAUGCAAAAACCCAACCGUUGGGGCAUUUAGGGUAUUUAAAAAAAAUAAAAUGUAUGCAUUGAAUUGAAUCGAAUUGAAAAUCAUUCAUUGAAUAUACAAUUUGUAUACAUAGAAUAUUAAUUAAAAUUUUUUCCAUGUAAUUAGUAAAAUGUAAAAAAUAAAUAAUGUAAAAAUUUUUUGAGAAAAAUGUGUAAAAGUUUUCUCAUAAUACUGCUGUCUAUGUUUGUCCAGUGUAAUACCAUAUCUUGUUCUAUACUUAUGGCUCACUCUUAACAUGGAAGGGCUGUUAUCUUUAAAUAUUUUAUACUAUCAAAUAUGUAUAUAUAGGUUACAGGAAUUUUGUAAAAAUCUCAAGCCCUUUAAUAAGGUCUUUAACACUAUCAUUUGUUUUCAAUUUUUUUCAUUAUUCUAAUACUCCUUUUUUGGAGUUUGAGAACAAUAUCCAAGUUUUCCUUGGUGAUUGCCCCAUACACAGAUAUUCCAUACAAAAUAUGGGAAUGCAAUAGAGAAAAGUAAAUUAUUUUUAAUGUCUCCAAAUUACAACUAAAAGAUAUUCUUUGUAAGGCAUAUAGUACAGAGGAAAUUUUUUUUGAAAUGUAAAUGAUAUGAUCAUCCCAGCUUAGAUUUUUGUCAGUAAUCCCCAUCCCAGGAAACUUGUUUUCUCCAUCUCUUGUAUUUUUAUGUUGUUAAUUUGUAAGUUAUGUUCCCAGUUAGUUUUACAAUGCUAUAUACAAAAUGAGACGUAAUUUGUUUUAUAAGCCAUUUAUAAGAAGAUUUUUCUGCAUAAAGCGUUUGUUAAGCGAUAAUAGAUUUUCCUGUGCUGAGCUCUCUAUAUAGUCUAUUUCCUCCAAAUACUAUUAGGUUAGCGUCAUCAGCAUAGAUAUAUUGCAUUAUUUAGAGAAGUGGUUACUUGUGGUAGUCCUGUUAUAUAACACAAAACUUUAGGUACUAAUAACGAAUUGUUUGUAAUGUUGAAAAAGCUGAUUUAAUGAAAAUUUGUUUUUUAAACUUGAUUUCUACCACGACAAGAGAGAUAUGAUUCCAACAAUUCUAAUGCCUUACCUUGGAAACCAAUAUCCCUCGGCUUCACACUAUUAAAUGCUUUGAUCAUAUCAUUGUCAAAAAGUUUAGUAUGAGACUACUGAAAAUAGUCCUUUAUUUAUUAUAUUUUAUGUAAUGUAUUUACUAAAGAGGAGUCUUAGUAAUGUAUUACUUUAUUAUGUGUAACUGUAUGCUUUUGUUAUAUUCAUGUGUUAUUUCAGUAAAUAAAGAUGUAUAAUAAUUAA